AAGCUCACAAUUUUUAACUUUCAAUGUGAAAAAACACCAUAGCCAGUAGCUAGCCAUGGCUGAUAUAUCCAGAGAUGAUCCUUCACCGGCCUUUCUACGAACUUUUGAGGACAUCAUGUCGCUCUACAGAUCACUGCCACCGCGGCCUUCCAUUGAAGAAGUGGAAGCGGCUUUGUCUGUGAUCAAAACAGUCAACACUAAGGAAAAAACUAAGCUUGAAGAAGUCUCCAAGGAGGAGAGGCCCAACAAUGUUCCUGAAGAAAUAUUCUCCAUUUUGCAACAGUUCAAAAAGAAUUUGGUUUUGUUUCAGAGUCACGAGCAGAGGAAAGAGGCUCAGCACUUGGUUGAAGUUCACAAGUACUUUGGGACCUUUGAUGAGUUGAUUCAGAGGGCUUCUGCGUUUGUUUCUGGGGAUACCCAGAUGGAGAAAGUUUUUUAUGAUGAUCCAGUUGAGAAAAUUGAGAAAGAAUGUGUGAUCAGUGAUGAGAGUCUGGUGAAGAGAAUGGAAUAUGAUUAUCAAUUGGAGAAAGAUGAGUUUAAGGGCUUGGUGAAGAGUUCUUCCACUAAAGCUGCUUUCUUUUCAGGUGAAGUAAACAAAGAAAAGUUGAGUCUGAUGAAGAUGGCAGCUGCUAUUGAAAAUGCUGCUAAAAGUGGAGCAAUUGUUCUUGAUCUUGGAGGCAAGUUGGUAGACCAGAUUGAGUGGCUUCCUGUGUCAAUUGGAAAACUGAUGGAUGUUGUUGAAUUGAACUUAUCAGAAAACCGCAUCAUGGCUCUUCCAUCCUCUAUCAAUGGUCUCAAGAGCUUAAAGAAGCUAGAUGUCCAUUCAAAUCAACUUGUUAACCUUCCUGACACUUUUGGGGAACUCAUCAAUCUUACUGAUCUUGACCUUCAUGCAAACCAGUUGAAAUCGUUACCAGCUUCUUUUGGGAACUUGGUCAACUUAAUAAAUGUUGAUCUAAGUUCAAACCAGUUUAGCCAUUUGCCGGAGACAAUUGGUUGUUUGACCUCUUUGAAGAAAAUGGAUGUGGAAACAAAUGAACUUGAGGAACUUCCUUACACAAUUGGAAAUUGUUCAUCACUUGUGGAGCUAAGAUUAGAUUUCAAUCAGCUAAAGGCUCUACCUGAGGCAAUUGAGAAGCUUGAAUGCUUGCAGUAUCUCACUUUGCACUAUAACAGAAUCAAAGGGUUGCCGACAACCAUCGGAAACCUCUCCAAAUUAAAGGAACUUGAUGUGAGCUUCAAUGAGCUUGAGUCCAUUCCCGAGAGCCUUUGUUUUGUAGUAAGCCUCAAGAAACUGAAUGUGGGGAAGAACUUUGCAGAUCUUAGAGCCUUGCCAAGAGCAAUUGGAAAUCUAGAGAUGCUUGAGGAGUUGGAUAUUAGUGAUGAUCAGAUCAGAGUUUUACCAGAAUCUUUCAGAUUAUUAUCAAAACUGAGAGUCUUUCAUGCUGAUGAAACUCCUUUAGAAGUUCCACCAAUACAAGUAGCUAAAUUGGGUGCUCAGGCUGUUGUUCAGUACAUGGCUGACCUUGUUGCUAACAAGGAUGCUAAAUCUCUACCAGUGAAGAAAAAGAAAGGGUUUUGGUCCAGAGUUUUCUUAAUCUUUUGGCCCUUUCGCAGCAAACCUAUCACAAGUGCGUGAGCUUCAAAUACAGUCUACCCUGUACAAUUUGUUUUCUUUAACAGAGUUUCACAUAAAUUUUGCAGCAGAUGUAUUUAUGCAGUUCAUGUCUAAAGGGAAUCGAACAUUGUAUUAUUGAUUCAUACAUUUUGUACCUUCUGAUUUCUUGUGAUAUAAAAAUAACAAUGUGUGCAUCUUA